GCUGCGUUUCAUACUGUGGUGCAACUGUGCAAUGCGAGUGCAUGGUGUUGUGAUUAGGGCGCGACCGUCUCUAUCAUCGGAAUUAUGCAAUCCAAGGAUCCAAACUUUGCAUGAUUCUUCUUCGAAUUUCCCAUUUUGCAAUUGGUUCUAGAACAACAAGUGUUGAAGUGUUAGAUUGGAACAAUGGACACUCAGAGUGAUGAGGAUAGUGGCGAUGUUGAUGUUGGAGGCGUUUUAUUCAGUGGAGAAGCAAUUGAGGAUCUGGGUAAUGAAACCACCGCAAUGAUGAACAGGCUUGAAUUGAAUCUGGCAUGUUUUUCUGAGAAAGUUGCAAACUUGAGCAUUUUUGUUAUGCAUUUGGAGACUCUUGAGGUUGAAUUGGAGGCAUUGGUUUUGGAUGAGGAAGACAGCAACAACGUGGACAUGGAUUGUGUUGGAAAGUGUCUGGAGUUUGAUCUGUUAUGUGGGGUGUUGGGUUCUGUGGUCAGAGAAUUGGAUGGGUUCUUGGAAACCCUUCAUGCUGAUAUUGCUGAUGGUGGAGAGAGGGUGUCCUCUUGCAAUCUAUGGGAAGACAAGUUGUGUGGUUCUGAACAAUGUUUGAAGCAAUCUGAGGAGCAGUUUUUGGAGAUUAAGAAACAAUCUGCUAGUUUUCAGAGCACUUUGUCUUCUUAUAAGAGGGAAGAAAAUGGUAAUGUUGAAGAGGGUGAGAUCAUGAGAGAGGAUGAUCAAUCUUUAAAUGAAAACACAGUAAUAAACAUGCAAACAAUUGAGCAACAAAGAAAUAUUCUUAGGAUGCUAGAGAAAUCUUUGGCAAAUGAAAUGGAUCUUGAGAAGAAUUUCAAUGACUCAAGGCAAAUUGAAGAAAAGCUAAAACAAAGGAUGGCUUCUUUAGAACAAGAGCUAAUUCUCGUGGAGGAAGAAGCAAUUGAUGUUUGGGAAAAAUGGUUUGAGGCAGAUAAUGCACGUGAGAUACUGACAGGAAUUUCAAAAGACCUGUUGGGUAAACUCCAGAUUUCCCAGUUCAAUUUGAAUGGUUUAAGUCAGCGUGAAUGCCAGCUACUGAAUGUGAAGGCUUCCGCAGAUGAAUAUCAGAGACAGUAUAAUAUUUUGUGUUCUGAAAUGAGAGACAUGGAAAACCUUAUUGUUGAAUUGAAAGAAAAUGCAUCUAAUGCAGAAAAUCGGGCUAAUACUGCAGAGGCUCAGUGUCAAUUAUUGAGAGAGACUAAUGAUGAACUCAACAAGCAGCUGGUUCUUUUGAAAGAUGGUGGUGGCAAAUCUGAGAGGGUAGAGUCACUUGAGAGGCAGCUAAGGGAAUCUGACUUACAGCUGCAGCAUGCAGUAGCUUCUGCCGAAGCUAGUCAAGAGAAGCAAAGUAUGUUGUAUUCUGCAAUUAAAGACAUGGAGCAUGUGAUAAAAGAUCUUAAGUCAAAGGUUUCUAAAGCUGAGAGUCGGGCUGACAGUGCAGAGGAGAAGUGUAUCAUAUUAUCUGAAUCUAAUGCUGAUUUAAAUGAGGAGCUAAGCUUUUUGAGGAGUAGAUUGGAAUGCUUGGAGGGAUCAUUGCACCAAGUGGAGGAAGCAAAAGUGGCAACUGCAAAGGAUAUGGGGAAGCAGGCCAAAGUUUUCAAAAAUUUGCUAAUGCAGCUGGCUGUUGAGAGAGAGCGCCUUAAUAAGCAGUUGUCUUUCUUAGCAAGUGAGAACAAAAUCUUGGUAGUGAAGCUAAAACAGACAUAUAAGGAUCCUUCUCCAGCAGUCAGUGUGUCUUUGGCCACUGACCAUGAGGUGGACAAGAAAAAUUUAUCUGCAAAUGAUAAUGAAGUAAAUAUUGCAGAUUCUAUGCCAGAUGCUGGAACUAUGAGGAGAAUAGAUGCAGGUGUUCUUAAUGUUAGGCACAUAAUAUUAUCAGUGCUUGUCUUACUAGUUUCAGCUAUGGUUUAUCUGUAUUUCAAGGAUGUGGAUGUGGAUGUUGAUGUCAGUCCAUGAAUGUAUUGUAGAAAUUUAUGCUUUCUUUUACCCUUGUUUUUUUGGGAUCUAGGAUAGGAGGGGGAAUUGGGGAAAUGAGGUGUGGAGGGAUUGAACCCCCAACCUUUAACACCACAAUGAUGGGUGAGUAGGGAAGGUGCCACUAGGUUACAACUGUCAUUGACAUUGUAGGUUGUAAUGCAUGUCAUUGUGUAGUAAUCAAAUUUUGUUGUAACUGAGACUAUGAUUGUAGGAAAUAAUAAUAUUCGUUCCUUU